AUGUUGGGUGAUAUUGAUGCUAUGUUCGAUGAUGAUGAUGAUGCGGAAAUAGUAGAGUUUUUAGAAUAUGAAAGGAGGCCCUAUAUUGUACGAGAAAGAGAAGACUUCUUCCAUUCAUUGGACGACAUAGAUUUUUUUGUGAGGUUCCGCUUGAAAAAAAUUACGGUUUUAUAUAUUUUAUCUCUCAUCGAGGAAGAACUCGAAUCUGUUACCGACAGAAAUCAUUCUAUUUCACCCAUCAAUCAGUUAUUACUGACUCUACGCUUCUAUGCUACGGGAAACUUCCUACUAACUGUUGGUGAUUUCAUCAAAGUUAGUAAGAGCUCUGCCUCAAAAAUAGUGAAGAAGGUGUCUGAGGCAAUAGCUACCUUCUCAGGUAGAUUUAUAAAAAUGCCAAGUAAUGAUGAGGAAAUAAGGAAAGCCAAAAGUAGCUUUUAUGAGAAAGCACAUGUGCCUAGAGUGAUUGGAUCCCUUGACUGCACACACAUAAAAAUUCAGUCACCUGUUACAAGAACCAGAAAUCCUGUGGAAAGGCAAUACGGUUUGUGGAAACGACGAUUUCCAGUUCUCUCAACAGGGUUGAGACUAAAAUUACAGACAACCCUUACAGUGAUCGUUGCCACAGCUGUGCUGCAUAAUAUAGCAAUUGACCAAAAUGAAGAGCAGCCCCCUGAUAUUCCAAACUUGGAUGAAAACAUAAUCAAUUAUGAAGAAGAUAUCAGUGUUGAUCCUCCUGAAAAUAACUUCAUGAAUGCCAGGGAACUGUUAUUAAACGCCAUGGGUAAGUGGUUCAAUGCUAGAAGACAUACAAUGCUGUCAACAUACUGACUUUAGGGGUAAGAUAAACGAUGAUAGAAAGAUUCAUAAAUAUGUUUGUACUAUUACGGGAUUAUUGUUAGUCAUUGUUAAAUACCGCUGUAUCUGCAUUAAUAGUAGUUUUCUUAUUCUGUCACCUGUUUGUUAAGCAUAUUGCAAGUGCUGACACUUGAAGUAGAAAGUUGAAUAUUUAACUCUGAAUUAAGUUUUUACAUUUAAAAUAGUUUUCCUCAUUACUUCUGUUUAUUCGUGAACGAAAUGUUAU